AUGAGGCUUGCGUUGAGUGGAAAACGCAAAAUCUGCUUCAUCGAUAGCUCCCUCCCAAAGCCAGAUCUAAUUCUUGACCCUGCGCUUGCUGAAUCAUGGCAGUGCACGAACGACAUCAUCACUACGUGGUUGCUGAAUGCGAUCUCUAAGGAUAUUGCGGCAAGCGUCAUCUAUGCUGGAUCCGCGGCUUUACUCUGGCAAGAUUUGGAGACUCGCUUCUCUCAGAGCAACGCACCUCGCAUCUUUGAGCUGAAGAGGUCACUCAUGUCUCUUACUCAAGGCUCUUUCUCGGUCUCACAAUAUUUCGCAAAGUUGAAGAUACUUUGGGAGGAACUCAACAACUUCAAGCCAUUGGUAUCUUGUUCUUGUGGUGGCGUUAAGCCGAUUCAAGUCUCUCUUGAUCAAGAAUAUGUGAUGCUGUUGCUUAUGGGUCUCAAUGAGAAUUUGGCAAAUGUUCGAAGCUAG